AUGACAGACGGCGCAAGCAGCGUUCGAGACGCGACCUCAUCACUGGCGCUGCUGCUUCCGCACUUCAGCAGCCCAGAGGACACGCCCAGCCCUACGUCGCAACCGGAUGCUCCGACCUCCCGGACCGCCAACGAGCUCAUCCGCAUCUCGCGAUCCUUCGAAGAUGUCAUCCAGAGCGGAUCGGACGAGACACUGGCUGAGAUGACCGAGCGGCACAUCCACCCUCACUUUUGCGCCCGAUUCGAUACGGCAUUCAUCGGUUCCUGGGAAGAAUACGUGAGAGUGCUGCGGAUAUGGGUCGGCUCCAAUCCAGCAUACCAGAAGAGCAUCGUCGCGACCGCUUGUAACGUCGAAGAGGAGGAGCGCGAAGCCGCAGUCUACAUUCUGAUCGAAGUUACGGGCUGGCCGGUGCAGUUGAAGCGUCUCGUCGUCAGCGUCUUGAAAUGGCGCAAGCGAAAGCGCAAAUGGCUCUGUUACGAGAAUUCGACCAUGCGAGGAAUCGAUACAUUCGCAACUGCCGAGUGA